AUGUCCACUACCGCUAUUGAGUCUAUACACAUAGAGGAAUGGGGGAGUGGAUUUGGCAUCUGCAGUAAUCGUGCUUUCUCGACACCGUUUACGUUACCAAGUUCAGUGAAACAACUUUCUUAUUUCCACAGCGUUAGUCAGUACCCCCAAAUGAAUCUCGGAUCACCAAAUACGGAGCUACUGGAUCACAUUUCGCAAGCCUCGGACCAUCUUGAACAUAUCGCCGUGUCUUAUGCUAUCAGCGCACGCGACUUCUUUGAUCACUGCAAAAAAGUGGAAGUAGAGUUUAAGGAGCUCAAAACCCUGGCACUGACCUAUCAUUUCGACGGAAUUUCUGACCAUGCGCUUCUGAUAACUGCUGCAGAAGCCGCCAAGAGAAUGCCCGCGCUCGAGAUGCUGGAAAUAUGGAGGUGCGAGAUAUCAAGACUGGGGGUUGCAUUUUCCGAACGGGAAGCUCAUAUCUUUGGCUACAAGAAGCUCGACCCAGGCAAGGGUCGGAUUACUUGGACGAGCAGCGGGAAUCAUAGGCUCUCUGCAUCCGUACGCAACGCCUGGAAGAAUGUCUUGACUGGUGGGCAGAGCCGCACACUUGAGGUCAAGGAGCAUCAUUUGCCCCAGGACCUUCGUAUGAAGCUUACCAAAACUUUCCCGCAUUUGAUGCUAAAAGAGCAGAUCCUGCGUGAUGUAUCCAGGAAACAGGCCUUGAUAUUCAACAUGUGA